GCUUCCUAUCUUUUUUCGUUCCAGGUCUUCAUCUAACUAACUCUUCCUUGGUGUUUCAGGUGAAAUAACUCUUAUCUCCUGUGAGCACUGCAUGUGCUGAAAUGCUACUUCUAUUGUAGUUGCUUUGUGAAACGCUGUAAACUUGACCAAAGAUUGGGCCUGGAGCCCAACAUAUUAAACAUAACUUUAAAUAUCUUCAAAAGUAGACGAAUAGUAUAAGGAAAAUAUGAAUGUGACAACAGUUUCCACUGGCACUAGCACUGGUACCAUUCACGCAACACAACAAACGACCAAAACAUACAAAAUUGAGAUGUUGGAUGAUGGCCAGCUGAGCAUGGCCUCAGAUGAUGACGACGAUGACUUAAUUAACAGUGACGACAGUCUUUAUGAUGACGCCGACUUGGCGCAUAUAACAGUGCAGGAUGAUGUGGCAAAUCAAUUGGCAGCAGCCGGUCCAGUAGGUGUGGCAGCGGCAGCGGCGAUUGCAUCAUCGAAGAAGCGAAAACGUGCACAUUCGUUUGAAACGAAUCCGUCGGUGCGCAAAAGACAGCAAAAUCGUUUGUUGCGAAAACUCCGCGGCAUCAUCUACGAGUUUACUGGUCGCGUGGGCAAGCAAGCUGUGGUGCUGGUGGCCACACCUGGGAAACCAAAUACCAGCUACAAAGUGUUUGGCGCAAAACCACUAGAGGAUGUGGUGCGAAAUCUCAAGAACAUUGUUAUGGACGAAUUAGAGAAUGCUUUGGCCCAACAGGCUCCACCGCCACCACAAGAGGACCCAUCACUUUUCGAGUUACCCCCUUUGAUUAUCGAUGGCAUACCGACUCCCGUGGAGAAAAUGACACAGGCACAGCUGCGCGCUUUUAUUCCCUUAAUGUUGAAGUAUUCGACAGGUCGUGGCAAGCCUGGCUGGGGACGUGAGUCGACCCGUCCUCCAUGGUGGCCAAAGGAAUUGCCUUGGGCAAAUGUACGCAUGGAUGCACGCUCGGAAGAUGACAAGCAGAAGGUGAGAAUCAGCUGGACGCAUGCACUACGAAAAAUCGUCAUCAAUUGCUACAAAUACCAUGGUCGAGAGGAUUUGCUACCCACAUUUGCCGAUGAUGACGAUAAGAUUGAAAUGUUGGAAGGCGAAGAGGACGAUGAAAUGGAUGAGCAUGAACCCUCGACGACAACAACAACUGUACAAACGGUAGCUAAUGCUGCAACGAAUACAACAAAUCAAGUAAAUGUCGUAAAGAUCAACAGCGCUGGUACGGUUAUCUCGACACACACGGCUAGCGCACAGACACAUGGAAAUUCUGUGCCGACAAUCAUUCAAAGCACCAACAAUCAACACAUAACAACCACCGCAACACUCCCGGCAUCGACUAAGAUCGAAAUUUGUACUGCACCCGUACAAACAACCAACCAGGCACAGCAAGCAAAUGUCGCGGCCGCGCAGAAUAUUGCAAACGCGCAGGUUUGCAUCGAACCGCUGACUUUGGGCGAUGUUGAUUAUUCCACGCAAACAGUGCUUUCUACAAUACAAAAUGCUGACGGCACAGUGUCUCUCAUUCAAGUGGAUCCAAAUAAUCCAAUAAUAACUCUACCCGAUGGUACAACGGCACAAGUGCAAGGAGUGGCUACGCUGCAUCAAGGUGAAGGCGGUGCUACUAUACAGACUGUACAGAGUUUGGGCGAUGUCAACGGUCAUGAAAAUAUGACUGUCGAUUUGACAGAGGCGACAGUGGCUCAGGAUGGUCAGAUAUAUAUUACUGCUGAGGAUGGUCAAGGUUACCCUGUGUCUGUGAGCAACAUGAUAACCGUGCCAGUUUCCGCCUCAAUGUAUCAAUCCAUGAUGGCCAACAUACAACAAAUUCAUACGAAUGGUGAUGGCACAGUGUGCAUCACACCAAUGCAGGUAGAUUCUCAUGCCAAUAGUAGCAAUAGUAGAAGCAACAAUAACAAAAUGAAUAAUACCAACAAUAGUAGAAAUCACUAUCAAUGUUAUACUUUAACAGCAGCGCCUGGUGGGCUGGGUGCGCGCUUAAUUGCAACAGCUCCAACUUCAGCCUUGCCAUCGACUGUAAAUCAAAGCCAAACAAAUAUAGCCAAUAAUAAUGCAACAAAUUGCCAAAUAUUUAAUCAGUCUAAUUUAAGUAAUACCCCUUCUAGUCAAAGCAGCCGCGCCGACCACAACCAGCACCAUCAUCAACGUCAGCAGCAAUUGCAGGCCAUUCCGGCUGCUGCGAAAAUUUUCAUCAACGCCGCUAGCUUUGCCACUGUUAACAAUAAUAACUCCAUUAGCACUAACAAUAAUAAUAAAUUCGGAAAUAUAGCCACUGCAGCUGCCGUGUUGCCACUAUCAUUACCAAUUAUGGUAGCCACAGCCGGCCUUCCUGCAACAGUCAGUAAUGCAAGUGUUGGCGACACUAAUCGGUCCGGGCCAGCUUUGACCGGAGGCGAUGCUGAUACGAGUUCCUCUAAAACCACGACCACUUCUACUAUUCGGAAAAGGGGGGCAAACAAGCGCCGCAAACAAACUUUCGCCAAAGUUUCGCCCGUUAAACUUGAAAGUAGUGGCGAUUCCAGUGGCGAAACGCUACUACCGUCCAAUUUACAAUUUUUAGAUGAGGAAGCAGAUGGACAAGAAAUUAGUGUGCAGGAAAUCGCAACGGAUGCUGGAGAUGGUGCUGGCGAUGGUAGAGGCUCUGAGGCAAAUAGAGGCACAUUGAGCGUCUCUAAAAAAAUUAUAAAAAUAGAAAAUUUAGAGAACUAAUAAAAAAGUAAAAAAUGCAACUGGUGAUUGUAUAAAAUGCACCCUAUUUUAAAACGGUGUUGUUGAAGUGCUUGCAUUUCAAAAAAAAAAAAAGUUUAUAUAUGUAUACAUAUAUGUAUAUUAAUAAAAACACGCAUACAAUUUGUAUCUAGUCAACAUACAUAAUUACCAAACUGCAAACACUAAGUAGGCGCACAUAAAACUAGGUUUAGUGUUGAUAAAUGUAAAAUGGUUAACAAUGUCUAAAUUAACCGCGAAGUACCUUUUGAAAUUUCAAAAUAGUGAACGAAGUCCCAUGAGUCCGAAAUGAAUUAUGAACAUUUUGAAUUCGGAUUCGAUUUGCUUCAAAUUGUAGCAUUUGUGAACAUACUUGCCAUUGUUGUUUAAUUUUGUUUGUUACAUUUUUUGUUUGUUACUACGUAGUUCAAUAUAAUUUACAUUUAUGAUUUGAAUGUAAUUAUACACUUCGCAUUGCAUAAAAUUGUUGCAAAUCUUCUUUUUUAUUGUAUUUUUUCAUAUGUAUAUUAAAGUAUACAUACAUCUACACAUACAUAUAAGCACAUACAUAUGUAUAUAUAUGCUUUUAUUGAUUAAAUUCGUAGAUUUUAAGUUGCUUACACUUACCAUUUAACGUUUAAUUUUUAAUUAGUAACCAAAGCUUAUGUAACGAACCCACAUUUAAAUGAAAAUUAGAAAUGUUCCUAGCGUAUAUGUAUAAUAACAUAAAAAAAACGAAUUGAUCGUUAAUGAACCCACUUGCUAAUGUGAAACAAAACCAAAAAUUAA